AUGGUGGUUAGGAAAUAUGAAGAUGAGCUUAAAUAUAUUGAAAGAAUCAGUGACUACAGUUGGAGGAUCAAGAAAGGCUUUCAAGAAAAUAUGAAUGUUGAAGGAAUUUUCUAUGUCAAUAAGAAUCUCGAGGCAUUGAUGUUUGAGGAACUAAGGAAUUCAUGCAGAUCUGAUGGGAUAGGAGGCUUUUUGCCUGGCAUGAAACAAAUCGCUAAUGUUGCUGCUCUUCCUGGAAUUGUCGGAAAAUCAGUUGGACUUCCUGAUAUCCAUUCUGGAUAUGGAUUUGCAAUAGGAAAUAUGGCAGCAUUUGACAUGAAUAAUCCCUUAUCGAUAGUAAGUCCCGGAGGUGUAGGAUUUGAUAUUAACUGUGGGGUUCGUUUACUUCGUACAAAUUUAUUUGAAAAAGAUGUACGACCAGUUCAAGAACAGCUUGCUCAGUCACUAUUUGAUCACAUUCCCGUUGGUGUAGGAUCUAAAGGAAUUAUUCCAAUGAAUGCUAGAGAUCUCGAGGAAGCUUUAGAAAUGGGAAUGGAUUGGUCAUUACGUGAAGGAUAUGUAUGGGCAGAAGAUAAAGAGCAUUGUGAGGAAUAUGGUAGAAUGUUAAAUGCAGAUCCAUCAAAAGUAAGUGUACGUGCCAAAAAGCGUGGAUUACCACAAUUGGGAACAUUAGGUGCUGGUAAUCAUUAUGCUGAAAUUCAAGUAGUUGAUGAGAUUUAUGAUAAAUGGGCAGCAAGUAAAAUGGGAAUAGAAGAGACGGGUCAAGUUUGUGUAAUGAUACACUCAGGAUCUCGAGGUUUUGGACAUCAAGUAGCAACUGAUGCUCUCGUAGAAAUGGAGAAAGCAAUGAAAAGAGAUAAAAUUGAGACAAAUGAUCGACAACUUGCUUGUGCUAGAAUUAAUUCUGAAGAGGGACAAAAUUAUUUAAAAGCUAUGGCUGCAGCUGGAAAUUUUGCUUGGGUUAAUCGUAGUUCCAUGACAUUCCUUACAAGACAAGCAUUUGCUAAGCAAUUUAAUACAACACCAGACGAUUUAGACAUGCACGUUAUUUAUGAUGUUAGUCACAAUAUUGCUAAAAUUGAGAAUCAUGUUGUUGAUGGAAAAGAAAUGAAAUUAUUAGUUCAUAGAAAAGGCUCAACACGAGCAUUUCCACCUCAUCAUCCUUCAAUUCCUGUCGAUUAUCAACUUACUGGACAGCCAGUUCUUGUUGGUGGAACUAUGGGAACUUGCAGUUAUAUUUUAACAGGAACUGAGAAAGGAUUAACAGAAACUUUUGGCUCAACAUGUCAUGGAGCAGGCAGAGCACUUUCUAGAGCUAAAUCUCGUCGAAAUAUUGACUACUUGGACAUUUUAGAGCAGAUGAAGACUAAAAAUAUUGCAAUUCGAGUUGCAUCACCCAAACUUGUUAUGGAAGAAGCUCCAGAGUCUUACAAAAAUGUCACAGAUGUCGUUGACACAUGCCAUUCAGCUGGAAUAAGCAAGAAAUGUGUUAAACUUCGUCCUAUUGCUGUAAUUAAGGGUUAA